ACAGUCCAUUUGACACUACCAACAACUCACUUGUAAGCAGUCAGAUAACAAGCACAAUGUUCGCCAAAUUUGUUAUCAUUCUAACUCUUGCCGUCGCUGCCGCCAACGCGAGUGCUCCUGCUGCACUGGUCGCUCCAGCAGUAGCUCCUGCUGCGUAUGUAGCGCCGUACGCCAGUUCCUACUCAGCCCACGCGGUUAACCAUGCCGUUGCCACACCAGUCAUAGCUCCAGCUCCUUAUGUAGCAGCCCCUGCGGCUCCAGUGUUGGCUUCAGCUCCAUAUGUGGCCGCACCUGCUGCUCCUUUAGUCGCCCCAGCGUCUCCUUUCUUCGGCAGAUACGUUUCUUCCCCUUACAUCUUCUAAACAAAUUUGGUGAUAACAUUAAAUAGUGACUUGCUCAGAUUAUCAGGAGUUUUGGUAUAAACAUUUUUAUAUUGUCUUAUUUUCAUGAAAAGUUGAACCGUCAUUAAAUAAUUUAAU